AUGGCGGGCAACGAAAGAUAUCGGUUUGGGCGCUAUAGCAAUAUCCCAAUACCUUCGUACGAAGAGGCCACAUCUUCACAUUCAGUGGUCCGUGAUGAAGAAGGAGAUCACGGUUAUACAGAGAGACAAGGCCUGCUGGGGCAAGCACAUGAUAGAUACCAACCGCCCACGGUAGAGUCAGCCCGUACAAGCCUGGGGAGCGAGGAGGACGACAAUGAAGAGCUUAGACUACCCGAGAUACACGGAGAGGAUGAGCGGAGGCAGGUAGAGGAGCUGGACUAUCUCGACCCUACAGCGCCGGAUACGUCUCGCCGAAGUCCCAGGCUAUAUCAUCGCACCAGAUUACGUCGCGCGAAAUGGUCGCAACAGUUAUCCAGCAUUGGCGCCACCCUCUCUUCAUUUCGAUUACCUUCCUGGCGGCUUUAUAGCUCUCGUAUUCGGAUACCAGAGCGCUAUCGGAUGUCUGGACCCAACUUUGCCCGUUUGUGCGGAUUAUUGACAUUGAUCGGAGUAAUCUACGUUCUGUUUGCUUUCAACGUGUUUCCGAACAACAUGCGCCAUGGCUUGGGGGCGCAUUUCGAUCCGGAGUCUGUUCGGGCUUUUGUGCAGGAGAAUAUCAGUCCUGACAAGAUUCGAUCUAUGCUGUCUCACAUUACGGGCUUCGACCACGUGGCUGGAACAGAGGGCGAUCUUUAUCUUGCUAGAUGGAUGCAGGAUCAGUGGACAGAGCAAGGUGGCUUCGACGAGGUGAAUAUGCGGCAAUAUCAGGUAUAUCUGAACUACCCUAGCGAACGAAGCUUGUCCAUCGUCGCUCCGGACAACAAACGCUGGACGGCUGCGUUGGAGGAAGAUGCGGUGUAUACAAACCGACAACAAAGCGAGGCGUUCCACGGGUAUAGCAGAAACGAUGAUGUGGAGGGUCACUUGAUCUACGCCAACAUGGGCAAACGCGAAGACUUCGCUUACCUACACGAUCAUGCUAUUGUGACCAACGGAUCCAUCGCCUUGGUAAGACACGGUGCCACAGAAACCGAUUUCUCGGUGAAGGUCAGGGCCGCCGAAGAGGCUGGCUGUGUUGGCGUGCUCAUUUACUCAGACAUGAGAAGUGGCGAAGAUGCGAAGACAUGGCAGCCCACAGACGACAUGAUUCAGCGUGGUAGUGUGAGCAUGACCAGCUUGGUCCUUGGAGAUCCGCUCACGCCUGGCUGGGCGAGUGAGCGCAAUGCCGGCCGCGAGCCGAAAGAUGGCAACCCUGGUCUCCCCUCCAUACCAUCACUGCCAUUGGCGUGGCGCGAUGCCAAGAUCUUGGUCAAAGCGUUGCAAGGUCACGGUGAGAGCGUGCCAGCAUCUUGGACUCUAGCUUCUGGUGAAGGUUUCGCGUCGGAUUGGUACACCGGCGCAGCUCCUUCGGAGACGGAUGGAGAUGUACCUAUCGUUCAUCUUCAGAACCUGAAUGACGGGAAUUCUUUGCAGCCGAUCUGGAACGUGCAUGGCCUUAUCGAAGGCCUGGAGACCCAGCAGAAGAAGAUCGUUGUUGGCAAUCACCGAGACGCUUGGUGCUUCGGUGCCGCUGAGCCUGGAUCUGGCUCGGCUGUUAUGAUGGAGGUGGUCCGCAUUUUCGGUGAACUUCGUACGCUUGGCUGGCGACCUCUCCGAAGUGUGGAGUUCGUGAGCUGGGAUGCUGGCGAGUAUAACCUUGUUGGGAGCACUGAGUAUGUCGAAGACAGCCUAGACGAUGUACGCAAAGACGUGAUGGCGUACAUCAACAUUGAUGUUGGGGUCUCCGGUGGUUUGUUCCGAGCUUCAGGUUCUCCUCUGUGGCAACGUGCACUGUUACAUGUCCUCGAUCGCAUCAACGAUCCUGACUCCAACAACACACGGAGCUUGAAGCAGGCUUGGGAUUCUAAAGCUUCGCAGCUUGAAGGGUUGGCUGCGACUGGCGAUUACGUUGCGUUCCAGGACAUUGCGGGCACUUCCUCCGUUGAUGUUGGCUUCCGCGAUGGAAGUGCUAGCGGUGAGGAGCAUUUCCCCAUCGGCUCAUGUUACGAUACACUUGAGUGGAUGGAGACAUACGGUGACCCGGUCACUUUUUCGCGUCAUGGCGCCUUAGCGCAGGUGCUGGCGCUACUCAUCCUGGAGAUCGCAGACCGUCCGAUAGUGCCGUUCGACCUGCGCGUAUAUGCGAAUGCCCUCCAACAGUGGGCGGAGACACUCGAGCAGGAUGUCGUUGAACUGUACGCAGCACAGACCGGACUGCAAUCGUCGGGUGCAGAUGGUGUCAAGGCUGAAACUGGAUUUACGCUUCAGCCUCUUAAAGAUGCCCUCAGCGACAUGUCGCAGAAGGCUUCCAUAUUCCAUCAAUUUGAGGAUGUCUGGACUGGUCAGAUCAUGGGGACCGGCGGGCUGGAGAGCACCCAACUGGGCUUUCAGCGCCUGGAGUACAACGACCGUGUGGCACAUUUUGACACCAUGUUACUGGACCUGGAGCCUAGUGAAACGUGUCCUCACGGAGGCGUCCCAGGCCGUUGCCAGUAUAAGCAUAUCGUAUUCGGCCCACGAAGGUGGGCUCGGCAUAGCUUCGGCUCGUUUCCAUUCAUUCGCGACGCCGUUGAGGAUGGUCGGUGGACAGACGCGCAAUCAGCCGUUGAGCGAGCAGCGACCGUGCUGAAUGAGGCUGGGAAGAAGUUGCUGGUAUGA